AUGCACAUCAGGCGCCUGUACACCGUGUGCAAGCUUCCAGACAAAGCUGGGUCUGAGCCUGAAGGUGUUACACUAGGCGAUUUUAAUGGAGAUGGCAAUCUUGAUAUCGCGACUGUGAAUUUGGCCAGCAAUAACAUGGGUGUCUUCCUUGGUAACGGAGAUGGAACGUUCCAGGGGCAGAAGACCUAUGCCGUGGGUUCAAGCCCCUUUGCUGUGGCAGUGGGGAACUUCAACGGAGACACCCAUCUGGAUGCCGUCACUACAAAUUUUGGGAGCAAUACAGUAAGUGUUUUGCUCGGGAAUGGAGAUGGAACCUUCCAGGCACAGACUCCCAUUGCCGUUGGCACUGAGCCUCAAGGGGUGGCAGUCGGUGAUUUGAACGGCAAUGGCUUUGUGGAUCUCGUCGUUGCCAAUUACGGCUCUAAUACAGUUGGGGUAUUGCUUGGAAUGGGAAAUGGAAACUUCAACGCGCAGAUAGACUAUGUCACAGGGCCCGGUCCGAUGGGUGUUGUACUGGGUGACUUCAAUGGAGAUGGCGUUCUCGAUAUCGCCGUAACAAAUGAACUCAGCAACACGGUGGGAAUUUUGAUCGGAAAUGGAGAUGGGACAUUCAAGGCGCAGAUCGUAUUUGCUACAGAAUCCUUGCCGGCGGGUAUUGCGGUCGGCGACAUUAAUAAAGACGGAAAACUCGAUCUUGUCGUUGCGAAUUAUCAAAGCAACACCGUGAGCGUUUUUCUUGGAAAUGGAGAUGGGACGUUCCAGGCACAGAUUCCAUUCGCGACUGGGAGUGAGCCACUUAUUGUUACAGUGGGAGACUUCAACGGCGAUGGCAAUCUCGAUAUUGUGGCUUCGAAUCAUGCAAGCAAUACCCUAAGCCUGCUACUCGGGAAUGGAAACAGUUUCUUCCAGACGCAAAUCAUACUCAAUGUCGGAGAUAGUCCAAUUGGCGUGGUAGCGGGUGACUUGACCAAAAACAGCUAUCUCGAUAUUGUGGCUGCAAACCCGGCGGACAACACACUUAGCGUCCUACUUGGGCAGCCUUGCGCUGCUUAG